CCUCCGACACACAGCAGCAGUAAUGGCGGACUUCGACAGCUACGAUGACCGGGACCGGGCCUACGGCAGCUUCGGCGGCGGCAGAGGGCCCCGUGGCGGCUCCGGCCCUGGAGGCCCCGGGGGUCCCAAGAAGCAGAAGGAGCUGCCAUCAGAGCCUCCGUUCACAGCGUUCGUGGGGAACCUGCCGUUCUACGCCGUUCAAGGAGACAUCGACAUAAUCUUCAAAGAGCUCAAGCUUCGCAGCGUCCGAUUGGUCCGAGACAAAGAGACAGACAAGUUCAAAGGUUUUUGUUAUGUGGAGUUUGAAGACCUGGAAUCUCUAAAAGAAGCUCUGACGUACGACGGCGCUCAACUGGGUGAGAGGUCACUGAGGGUCGACAUCGCAGAGGGACGAAGGCAAGAGGGCCGAGGAGGAGGAGGAGGAGGAGGAGGAGGCGGCUCCGGCUUCGGCUUCAGGAAAGACGAAGGCAGAGGUACGGGCAACCAAUCCCCACCAGGAAAUCGAGGUUUUCGAUCUGGUCCCAGAGGAGGUGAGGGAGGAGGACAGGACUCUCGAGAGGAUUUCAGUGACCAAUCAGGAGGACGAGCAGGCAGAGAUUCAGGUUUUAGAGGUGAUGAUUCCUUCGGGGGCCGGGGAGGAGGGGGCAGCGGUCGCCCCGGUGAGAGAAGGGGAGGUGGUGGAGGACCAGGAGCCGGGGCGGGACCGGGAGCAGCAGGAGCGGGAGGAGCCGGAGGUCGCUUCAGAGACCCUCCUCCUCGUGGAGAGAUGCCAGACUUCAGAGAACCGUCUGAAGAGGAGCGUGCAGCGCGGCCUCGGCUGCAGCUGAAGCCGCGGACUGUCGGCGCGCCACUCAACCAGGUCGCCAACCCCAACUCGGCCAUCUUCGGUGGAGCCAAGCCACGAGAGGAGGGGGUUUAGACAAUGAGUCAUUUAAACCACCUCCUGACAUUCUCCUGGCCGGACGGUGGUGCUCACGUGACGUGUUUCAACAGAAAAGAAGAAAUGUCCACUUUUUUUUUUCUGGGCCCUCUCUCGUUACUUCAGUGUGGAUCUGUGGAAUUCAACCCCCAUUGAGAAAAUUUUACAAAACUGGUGAAAAGUUUUGAAUCAGCUACAAAGUCAAAGUGAAUAAUUAUCGUAUAAAGUUGUAGUUUUGGUUUGUGGUCACCUGUAGUUCCAUCUUUAACCUGUUGGCCGAUCUGAACUCACUGGUCCUUAACCUGGUCCAGGUCUAUUGUCUCAGUGUGGACCAGGAUCAGGUCUGGGUCUGUAGUGGAUCACAUGAACAGGAUUUAAAUCCUCAGUAUUUUCAGUCUGCGUCGCUUUGAGAACAUUUUAGUCGCUGAUAAACUUUGCUUUUGCUUUGUUUCCCAGGACAUUAAAUGGAAGAACUUUUUCUUAUUGUACCAUAGAAAACACACAAAGAAAAAAAACAAAAAGUAACAGCUGUUUUAACUUUUUCUUUCCAAACAAUGUUUAUGGCAAUAAAACUGUAUCAUCAUCGUACAUCCACUAGAAUGUGUUUAAUUUCAGGGUGGGGAGGGGCCAAAUCCUCGGUUUUUAUCUUUUCUUCCAAAUUCAAGAAGAAUAAAGAAUACAGCUCUUUC